AGACACAGGUUCCAUGGUUUUCUUGCGGUACAAUUAAGUCCGUUUCUUCAGAUCUCAUGUAAGACCGAGCCAAACCAAGGUCGUUUCUUUUUCAUUCCCUCUCUCUUUCUUAUAAAGCUAAAGCCCUUCCCUUAAAGCGCCUUCUUUCCCAAAAGAACGACACAUUUCUUCUCCAUCUCUCUCUUUCUCUUGCACGAAAGAGAGAGAUAUAACAAAAAAAACCAAAACAAACAAACCAAAAACAAAAAGAAGAAGAAGAAGAAGAAGAAAACAUUCUCUGUUUCUUUCCUUUUUUACGAAAGGCACAAUGUUUGAUGGGCUGUUUAAACCCAGAUUCUAUACGAAAUGCAAGACGUUGGUCAAGAUAACCAAGACAAGAGUGGACACCGUGAAGAGGAAGAAAAACUCGGUUUGCAAAUACCUCAAGAACGACAUUGUCGAUCUUCUCAAGAACAACCUCGAUUACAAUGCUUACGGCAGGGCAGAAGGGCUUAUUGAGGAGAAAAGGAGGCUGGCUUGUUAUGAAUUGUUGGAGCAAUUCUGCAUCUGUGUUUCAUCCAAUGUCUCUCUCUUACAGAAAUCCAAUCAGUGCCCUGAUGAGUGCCGCGAGGCCAUCUCCUCCCUUGUAUACGCGGCCGCUAGAGUCUCUGAAGUGCCUGAGCUACGCGACCUCAGGUCUUUAUUUGCUGAGAGAUACGGGAAUACUCUUGAACAAUUUGUCAAUCCUGAGUUUGUAGAGAGAUUCAAAGCAGAGCCGCCGUCAAAGGAAAUGAAGGUGGAGCUGCUGCGGGAAAUAGCCAGAGAGCACUCCAUAAAAUGGGAUGCCAAGUCGUUAGAGCAGAGGUUGUACACAGCACCACCUCAUCAGACGGAAACAGAAGAAGCAAAAACAAAGACCAUCGACCCCAGAACAACUGUGGAAAACAGAAUCAGCCUUUCGUUUCACGGCAGCAGAGAAGACUCUUUGGAUGACACCAACAAGUCCAUGAGUACAAGCGAAGAAGACUCAAUGAGUACAAGCGGGAGUUGUGUCACUGGCCCGGAGGAGGACCCAGAAACGAAACCAUUCUACUACAGAUACAUGCCUACCAGCAAACCAAAAAUUGAAAAACAGGAAAGCCUUCCGGAGAAGAUGACCGAAUCUGAUCUCAUGGCCGAGGACAGUGAAUCUCCGAGUGCCGGGAAACCAAAGCCGAGAUCAGUGAGACGAAGAUUCGCAAAGGCGCCCCCUGAAGAGGAAGCAUUGAAACAGAGUAAGAACAUGAGAUCAGAAUCGAUGGAGAAAGCAAGCGGAGGAGAGGGGAUAAGGAGGAUGAGUCGUAGAACAGCCUCGUGGCAGCCCAACCACUUCUCCGUCCCAGAUUUCGAUGAGGUCGCCGCUCGCGUCGAUGCUCUCUCACGAUAUUAAUUUUAUUUAUAUAAAAUGUUUUCGUCACUCGUCGUCAUCAGUGUGUAUUCUUUGUAAACUUAAAAAAAGUGUAAACAAAAAUACCAUAAAAUCCUUGGAAUUAUCGACCA